AUGCGACGGUGCCGGAAGGAGCCAUCGGCCAGACCACCCCCUCCUGGCAGCAGCGACUCAGAGGAGGAGUGGACACCCAGUCUGGAGAGGAGGCCUCCAGAAGUGGCAGCGUCUCAGGUGUUCUCCUGCUCCCUGUGUCCGUUCGCCUACACGGCUCAACUCUACCUGCACAAGCACAUCAACAGCAGCCACGCGGACGAGGAUGUGCGCCUGCUGAGGUCUGGGGAGAUCAGAUCAGAGACUCUGGCACCCUCCACAAUCAGUGGCAGCAUCCACAACUCAGUAGCCAGCAAGGUCACACAUCCCCAUUCAAAACAGAAAGGACCGAUUGACCAGAGAGGUCACCCCUGCGCUCAGUGUGGCAAGAGCUUCACUACAGAGGGACAUCUAAAAGUACACCAGCGCACUCACACAGGAGAGAGGCCGUACCACUGCACUCAGUGUGGCAAGAGCUUCACACAAGAGGGAAGUCUCAAAGUACACCAGCGCACUCACACAGGAGAGAGGCCGUACCACUGCACUCAGUGUGGCAAGAGCUUCAGAAAAGAGGGACAUCUCAAAGUACACCAGCGCACUCACACAGGAGAGAGGCCGUACCACUGCACUCAGUGUGGCAAGAGCUUCACUAGAGAGGGAAGUCUCAUACGACACCAGCGCAUUCACACAGGAGAGAGGCCAUACCACUGCACUCAGUGUGGCAAGAGCUUCAAUAGAGAGGGAAGUCUCAAAGUACACCAGCGCACUCACACAGGAGAGAGGCCGUACCACUGCACUCAGUGUGGCAAGAGCUUCAAUAAAGAGGGAAAUCUCAAACGACACCAGCACAUUCACACAGGAGAGAGGCCGUACCACUGCACUCAUUGUGGCAAGAGCUUCACUCAAGAGGGAGAUCUCAAACGACACCAGCACACUCACACAGGAGAGAGGCCGUACCACUGCACUCAGUGUGGCAAGAGCUUCACUAAAGGGAGUCAUCUCAUACGACACCAGCGCAUUCACACAGGAGAGAGGCCAUACCACUGCACUCAGUGUGGCAAGAGCUUCAAUAGAGAGGGAAGUCUCAAAGUACACCAGCGCAUUCACACAGGAGAGAGGCCAUACCACUGCACUCAGUGUGGCAAGAGCUUCACACAAGAGGGAAGUCUCAAAGUACACCAGCGCACUCACACAGGAGAGAGGCCAUACCACUGCACUCAGUGUGGCAAGAGCUUCAGUAAAGAGGGAGAUCUCAAAGUACACCAGCGCAUUCACACAGGAGAGAGGCCGUACCACUGCACUCAAUGUGGCAAGAGCUUCACUACAGGGAGUCAUCUCAAAGCACACCAGCGCAUUCACACAGGAGAGAGGCCGUACCACUGCACUCAGUGUGGCAAGAGCUUCACACAAGAGGGAAGACUCAAAGUACACCAGCGCACUCACACAGGAGAGAGGCCGUACCACUGCACUCAGGGCCAUAUGUACUAA